GACGGAGGUACUGCUCUUCUAGCUGCUUGUCAGUACGGGCAUGCAAAAGUAGUAGAAACUCUGUUGAAGCACGGUGCCAACAUUCAUGAUCAGCUUUAUGACGGAGCUUCUGCAAUUUUCCUGGCAGCACAAGGAGGCUAUCUAGAUGUCAUCCGAUUGCUGCUUUCUUCAGGAGCAAAGGUUAACCAGCCACGGCAGGAUGGGACAGCACCCUUGUGGAUUGCAUCGCAGAUGGGUCACAGCGAAGUGGUGCGAGUAAUGCUGCUCCGGGGAGCUGAGCGAGAUGCCGCGCGGGAUGACGGUACGACUGCUUUACUGAAGGCCGCCAUUAAAGGGUACAACAAUGUGAUAGAAGAGUUGCUGAAAUUCUCUCCCACGCUUGGCCUGCUGAAGAACGGGACCUCUGCUCUCCACGCAGCUGUCUUGAGUGGCAAUGUGAGGACAGUGGCACUGCUCCUGGAAGCAGGAGCGGACCCGUGCCUGAGGAACAAGGCAAACGAACUGCCAGCAGAACUAACAAAAAAUGAACGCAUCCUCCGACUCCUCCGCACAAAGGAAAAGCAAAGGAAAAGCUAA